AGCGUGCUGUACUUUUUGUAAUUUUAAAGAACGUAUCGAACAUAUUAAAAACAUACUCCUCCCGCUGUACUCAUUUAGAAAUACUGUUCAGGCAUAUUCGAGGCAGCUAAGUUUCCGGAAGAGCAACUGGUGCGAGUUUAAUGGACACGGAAGAGCAGAUAUUAGUUUAGCCUCUCUCUCUCUGUUCUCUCUCUCCUCUCCUCUCACAGUCUGGAUCUUUUACACUCAUCAACAUGCCUCUGUUUGCCCAGAACCCGUUUGACCAAGAUGUCGAGAAGGCAACCAAUGAAAACAACACAACAGACGACUGGGGGCUGAUUAUGGACAUCUGUGAUAAGAUUGGAACGACGACCAAUGGACCAAAGGACAGCUUGAGAUCCAUUAUGAAGCGAAUCAACCACAAAGUGCCACAUGUUGCCAUGCAGGCCCUCAACUUGCUUGGUGCCUGUGUGUCAAACUGUGGCAAGAUCUUCCAUUUAGAAAUCUGCUCCCGGGAGUUUGCCAGUGAAGUGCGGAGUGUGCUGAGCAGGGCCCACCCUAAGGUGUGUGAAAAGCUAAAGGCUCUGAUGGUGGAGUGGGCAGAAGACUUCCAGAAGGAUCCACAGCUCAGCCUGAUCGGCGCCACCAUCAAGUCUCUGAAAGAAGAGGGCAUCAGCUUCCCCUCUGCGUCAUCGCAGGGUUCCAUCGCAAAGGUCAGCACACCUGCUGCGACGGAUGAUGACAACCUGGCCAAAGCCAUCGAGCUGUCCUUGCAGGAGCAGAAGCAGCAAGCAGAGACGCGGCCCCUGACCAUGAACUCCGACCCGCCGAGCUACAGCAAUGGCGGCAGCGGGCAGGAGGCCCGGAAGGUGCGCGCACUCUACGACUUCGAAGCGGCCGAAGACAACGAGUUGACCUUUAAAACCGGAGAACUUAUUCUGGUUUUGGAUGACAGCGAUCCAAACUGGUGGAAAGGAGAGAACCACAGAGGAGUCGGCCUUUUCCCUUCCAACUUUGUCACAACCAAUCUGAACACGGAGCCGGAGCCAGUGACUUAUGUUGAAAAGACAUCCAGUCCUGAAGAGACGAUCCUGGAAACCAAAGACGAGCCUGAGCCCGUCGUUAUCGACGAGGCCAAGAUGGACAGAACACUGGCUCUGCUGCAGAAUGCAGACCCUGCAGAUCCGGCUCCUGACUCCACAGAGCUACUCCAGCUAGAGGGAGCUUGUGAGCAGAUGAACCCCAUGAUUGAUGAGAAGCUACAAGAGAUUGACAGGAAACACUCGGAGUUGUCAGAGUUGAACGUGAAAGUUCUGGAGGCCCUGGAGCUUUACAACAAGCUCAUGAACGAGGCUCCGUUCUACGCGGCGUACUCCAAGAUGCAGGCUCAGUACCCCCCGACCAGCUCAGCCGUAGCCAUGCAGGGCUACCUACCGGCCGGUGCUCCCUACCUGCCUCCAGGGAUGACCCAGGUUCCUCCCGCGCAGCCCUACACUCUGCCCAGCGACCCACCCGCAUCGCUGCACUCGCUUCCCCCCAACGUCUCAGCCCCGCCUAACAACCAAGCCCCUCAGCCUCCCUACAUGAGUGGUAUGAACGCUCAGUACAUGAACCAAGCUGCUCACUACCCACCGCAGGCGGGCAUGUCCAUGGACAUGUCGACCUAUCACAACUCCAGCAUGCCUCCCGUGUCCUAUCCUGUGGCUGCUCCCCCUCACCAGGCUCCUCAGCAGCAGCAGGCGGCGUAUUAUCAGCAGCCUCUGCUGUAAAACUCUGACCGACAACAGCCCUGAGAUAAAUACGCACUCCAGAUAUUUCCGUUUCCAGCGGUGUGUUCAUUCGGCUUACCUUGAGUGUCUGUGUGGGUGUCGCUUUGGGAACAUUCCUUUAGCAUUUCGAGUGUCCGAUCAGCCGAAUGGAACACACCCCGAAGAAAGUUGAAAUAACUGAGGUGUGUAUGUGACGUGGGACUGUUGUUCACCCGAGUCAGGACUCUCUCUGUGUGCACGUCCUCAGCUACUACAUGUGAGGCUAAACACGGCGUCACUUCACUUCUUUUUCCUGGCCGGACAGUGAACGCAGCGCUGGUAUUCACAACACGUCACAGGGUCAACACAGAAGAAGAGCUGAGUGUGUCCACCGAUGCAGGGUCAUCACCUAACUGAUGAGCAUUUUACAAUUCAUAGUUCAACACAACGCUAGUCCCACAGUGUGAUAUUUCACAUCCUCCUCUGAGGUGGAUACAGAGGGUCAGGCCAUGUCCACACUAAUGUAGAUAAAUGUGAUACAAUGCUUCUCUUUGUCUCUCUUUGCGUGGCCUUCUCUUCACACUACCUGUCCGACCGUGUAGCGCAAAGCGGCAAUCUGCAGACCCCUGUCAGUGUCCACACCGGAUACCGGCAGCACGCGAUCAAUGAAAAUCUGUCAAAAUAAAGUGGACUAAAGCAGCAGCUCUGCAUGUGGAACGUGAGCCUUUGCACGGCUGCUCUGGACAGCUGUAUUGAUCAAAACUCAAACACUCAAACAUGUUUGGGAGACGGAUGACUGAAGAACGUGUCCGGCAUGCGUGCAAACACAGCUUUCCAAAAGCGUAAAUACAAACGCUCUCACGUUGAACCUCAUUUGACGAUAAAGAUGCCUCUGCAUUAAUGUGAACAUGGCCCAAAACGUUUCUCCUCUUUUAGCUUUUAACGCCCGUCUUGUUUUUAAGUCUGUCGGUGAAAUCCGGUAGGCGCGCAAGCUCGUUGAGUGUGUGUGUGAUGGUGGGGUCUGUGCACAGUUAUUUAAAAGGCAGGUGUGCUCGUUGGCCUUCCUCCUUACCAGCAGCAUCCAUCACUGUAGCCCAUCUGUGUCCUGAACUCUCAGAUAUGUACGUUCACCGUUCUCUUCGUGUAAAUGGUUCCAGAAUGACUCUUUCCAUCAACUCACUGCCCUGUAAUGCAUUACAUGGUUACAUCUGACAUAUUUAAGUGUGUGCGCGUGCACAUAUUUGUGUUUUUACAUACGUAUGUAUGUAUGUAUGACGUACGUAUGUGUUUGAGGGCUUACCCAUGACUGCUGUGGGAUCAUCAGAUUUUACGGUGAACUGAGAAAUAGUUUGUGUGUGUGUGUGUGUUUAUUAAUCUGCUGCAUCUUUUCAUGAUUAUUACAUCGAUGCCUUCCUGCCUCUCCUCUUCAUGCGUGGGCUCUCUUCCAUUUAACAGAACCUGUUAGAGUCUGUGUUUUAUGCAAACGCAGCAGAUCUUUCAUGUCUGUACACUUUGGUUUCAGAAUGACAGCGCCUGUACUUUGAUUUAUAUAUAUUGAGACAUUAUACAUGUGUACUUUACAUGGUCGGAGAAUGUGUAAUUAUUCUUCUUACGUUGGUUCUGCUUUUACUUUCACUGUUCAGGCAAAAUGUCAAUAGAACAAACUUUCUAAAAAGUUGUUAGUUGCUGUUAAUAUGAAGAUAUCAUGUUUUAUCUACUGUUGGUUUCUUCGUCAGUUUCGGGGGUUUAAUGAGCAGCUUUCAUAGAAUCCUCUGUAGUGUCUAUAUUUCCUUUACUGGCCUCAUAUUAAAGGCAUUGUAUAUUAGAUGUAAAAUACCUGGUUUUGUCAGCGACAUUGACAUUGCACCUUAGCUUUGUAAACAUAUAUUUACCACUGGAUGCCUUGUUUUUUCU